AUGGAUCCCGCGAAGCUCACUGGCCAGGCUCUUCUCAGCCACACUAUCCAGACGACACCCAUUAUCGACAACCAUGCUCAUCCACUGCUGGACCUCGACGCCAUUGGGCGCCAUCCACUUCUUUCCAUCACUACUGAAGCUCAUGGAGAUGCGAUCCACGCCUCGUUGACCAGUCUGGCCCACUUGCGUGCUGUGAAGCAGCUUGCUAAAGUAUUGAGAUGCGAGCCCAGUUGGGAGGCCGUCGUCAAUGCCAUCGAGGCAAAGCGCAUUGAAGACUACGACUCCUGGGUCGCUGAGUGCCUGAAUGGCAUUCAGUCUGUCCUUGUAGAUGAUGGUCUAGACGGCGAGGAUGAGGUAUACCCCUACACGUACUUCAGUGACAUUACACCAAGCCCGGCAAAGAGAAUUGUCCGCAUCGAGAAGAUCGCUGCUGAAAUCAUCAACAACCACUUACCCAAGGAGGAAACAGCCGCAAGGAAUUCCAAAUAUGCCGGUGUCGUGUUUGAACAGGCACUUAAGGCGUUUGACCAGAGUAUUGCGGAAGCCAUCGCUGAUCCGGAAGUUGUUGGCUUCAAGUCCAUCAUCUGUUAUAGAACUGGCCUCGCGAUCCCCAGACGACCGGAUGCCGUUGCAGCCAGAAAGGCUUUCGAGACUAUCUACGGGAACUAUACACAAGGAACCGACAAGGCGUUCACGCGUGUCGAUCACCAAGGAUUGAACGAGUAUUUGGUUCACAGACUCGCAUGCCUUAUCAGGAACACCACCAGCGCCGGCAAGAAACCAAUUCAAUUCCACACUGGUCUGGGUGAUAAUGAUAUCACCCUCAAUUCUGCAUCGCCAUCUCAUCUCCAAGAGUUCAUUCGGCAAUAUCCUACUGUGCCUAUUGUCCUGCUCCAUGCCAGCUACCCUUUCAUGAGGGAAGCCGGGUACCUGGCUUGCGUCUACUCUAAUGUGUACACCGAUAUUGGAGAGAUAUUUCCUUUUCUGAGUCGAGACGGCCAGGAAACUGCUCUGAGGCAAGUCCUUGAGCUGUGCCCUUGGUCCAAAAUCCUUUGGAGCACAGAUGGGCAUUGGUUCCCAGAAACUUACCUGCUCGCCGUGCUGCAAGUAAAAGAAGUCUUGGAAAAGGUCCUGUGCGAAUAUGCUCGCAAAGGACACAUGACUUGGCGUGAGGGCACUCAACUUGUGAAAGACAUUCUUUUCAACAACUCGAAUCAUGUUUAUCACUUAGGGCUCGAAUUCGACUUUAACGAGUCAAACAUUAACCCGAGGAGACUGUCCGGGAGAAGUGACCUCGACAUCCUCGAAGCCUUUUUGGAUGGAAAGAAGCCGCCACAGUACCUUCGCAUUUACUGGAACGACAUGACCGCCACGUUGCGAGUCCGUGCUGUGCCGAUGCGGAAGGUUCUUUCUGUCUUCAAUGAAGUCGGAGACUUUUCGCUUAGCAUCACCAAGGCGAGUCUUGGUCUCCUGCAAAACGACCAUGUUGUUUCAGGGGCAUCCGGCACAGGAGAAUACAGACUUCAUCCCGACUUUACCUCUCUGCAAGAAGGGCCGAGAGAUGGCCAUAUUAGCGUCUUUGGCGACUUUAGAGAGCAAGACGGAUCAUCGGUUCCUCUUUGUCCACGAUCUCUGCUUCAGCGAGUGGUUGAGAUUGCUGCUCGACACGGGUUGACAUUCCACCUCGGAUUCGAAAUCGAGCUUGUUCUUCUCGAGCGCACUGGUAGCGCCUUUGACAAGUACAGAACUCUUACCAAUGACGGGCAUGCUUGGUCCACUUCCCGCAUGAUGGUCAAUCCGGUCUUCAUCAAGGUCAUUGAGAGAGCCGUCGCUGAGUUAGAUGCGAGAGGCAUCUACAUCGAGCAGAUACACCCCGAAAGCGCAGCUGGUCAGUUUGAAGUCAUUCUUCCACACGCCCCACCGUUGGAAGCGGUAGAUACGCUUCUGUACGUCCGCGAGGUCAUAUCCAGUAUCGCUACUGCCGAAGGCUACAGAAUGACCCUCCACCCGAAGCCGUUCCCGACGUCCUGUGGCACAGCAGCUCAUAUGCACAUGUCAAUUACCUCGGCCGGCGGUUCUAAGCCUGAGACGUACAAUCCCUUCUAUGCUGGCAUCUUGAAACACCUUCGAGCCAUCGCCGCCCUCACCUACAGUAAUCCUGUCAGUUAUGAGAGAGUUCAAGAUGGGGCAUGGGCCGGUGGUCGGUGGGUCACUUGGGGCACUCAGAACAGGGAGACACCCCUACGCAAGAUCGAGGACAGCCAUUGGGAGAUCAAGUGCAUGGAUGGAAUUGCUAAUCCAUACCUGGCGAUAGCUGCCCUUCUUGGCGCGGGGACUCACGGAUUUGGACAGGGAGAGAAGCUGACCUGGGGCGACUGUGAAGUUGACCCUGCAUCCCUGACGCCCAACGACCGGAAGGAGUUGGGCGUGGAGCAAAUGCUCCCGUCAGGACUGCCCGAGGCUCUCAAAGCCCUACGGGCGGACGAAGUCAUGAACGAAGUGCUAGGCGAAGAUUUGAUCGAAAGGUAUGUGACAGUCAAGGAAGAGGAAAUGAAGAAUUUGGAUGCCAUGAGCAGCGACGAUAGACGGCAAUGGAUAAUGGAACGAUACUAA